AUGGGAGUACCCGGGCUUUGGCCCCUCUGCGCGGAGAAGGGUUACAAGGCCCAACUCAAACAAGGACUCUCCAGCUCUCCUCCAACACCAGGCUCCAAGUUCCGCGUCGACUUACUGGCCUCAUCCUACCCCCAAAUCCGCUACCACUACCUAAACGACCUAUCCACCUUUCCUCAAGCGAUCGAGCUGCACUUUAUCUCCUGUGAGUUGCGCAAGAAAACCUCGGACAAGCGCAACACCGCGCUGGCAGGAGCGGAGGAUUGUAUCCGGAAUAUGGAAAAAUCGCUGGAAGGAGGCCACAGUCCAUGCAAGCCGACUUUCAAGAAAUUAAUGAAUAAGCUCCGUGGCGCAUUCUACCUUGGUCAAGACUCUCGGAUGGUGUUGGUCACAUAUCUACGCGGACAAGGCUGGAGCUUGCCAGAAAUUGCGUCCGAAGCAGAUAUCACCAUUGCUCAUGAUUUCAAGCCUGGCGAUAUCGUCGUGUCGCAGGAUAGCGACAUAACAGCUUACGAGAACGUGGAGACGAUCUGGCCUCUGUCACGAAGGCGGUUUCUGAAGUAUGAGAUGGGAGCUGUGGCCAAACACCACCUACAGUUGAGCCGCGUGCAGCUGACGGUUCUCUACUGUGUGUCGAAGAACGACUACACCACGAACCUGAACCAAAUGGGGGUCAGGACCAACUACGGAACUAUCAAGACCAUAACUGAAGGUGAUCCCCAAACGAUGGUCCGUCGGUACCUGGCGCAUGAAGUUGUGGUGAUCAAGAAACCUGAUCUAGACCGUUUUGAUCCGGCGUUGAAGGUUUUCUGCCGCCGAGAACUUACAAUCCCGGAUCCCCCUGCUGCACCCCAUGGACUUGACGCCGAUGCACGACUCCAGGAGCUUUUUCAGAGGUUGGCCCGGAUCCGUGACGUUACUCACGACAGACGUCAACAGACGUUUGUUAAUCUGAUUGGUGAGGAUUUCGCUUUUGUCGCAAGUGCGUCUGAGGGUAACGUGGAUAUACCCAACCGAUUUCGUAUCGCGGACAGGCCUCCCGAGAAGCCUCCUCCACCCACAAGUCCGGUCGGCGGCAUCAGGAGUUGCUUCCAGCACGUCGUCAAACAAGCCUCGGAGGCAGCGAGGACCUUGCAGUGCGGCAUUGGCAUGUACCUCGAGAGCCUGUCUGCCCGGGAGGUCGACGACAUGGACAAACUGAUUCUCAGGAAACUCUGUCCUAAUUUCACCGUCGAGAAAAUUACCGCUUUCAACGACUGGACAAACCAGCAACAGAGCGUCGGUCAGAGACAGGAUCAGGAACAUGACCAAGGUUCGCAGAGGAAGUACAAUGAACAAGAACCUUUCCUAAAGAUGCUCUUGAACGCUAUCAUGAACUCGACACAACCUGGUGCAACGGCGAAUGUGAGAAACCCCACGGCGAAUGUGGAGCUCGCCCGCGAGUUUUUCAACAGGAUCAACCUGUACGGUGUCUCGGGUCCACCAACCAAGCCGGCGUAUCCAGCAUCAACAAUAGCCCAGCUUGUUGCUAAUCAGCUUUACGUGGAGCUUAAAAACCAUUACAAGAAUGGUUCUUUGGUACUCUGCAAAAAGAUCGAGGUCUUGAAGAAGGAGCUCCUCCAAGUGGAGGCAACAACGGGAACGAUCGAUCUCUCCAUGUCGGCGAUCCAAAACGUCCUUGAAAAUACCUGGAAUGCGCAACUGGCCAAGGAGCAAGAAUUUAGUCUGGCUGCCGGUCGAUUGUUGCGAAUGCUUGGAGGGUCUAUCGGCGCCAAGAGACAGGACGACAACUUUGUCAUUAUCGGGAUCGGCCUUGGAGAUUUCAAGUCGCACUAUGGCCUUUCUUCGCUCCACACCGCCUUUUGUUCAUAUUUUGUCCGACUAGCAAGAUCUCUGGGAUACAUUGUCCGCAUGAUGACCUUGAUGACCUUGAGCAAGAUAAUACUACACACAGUGAUUAUCCAUUCUUCCAUCUCUUCCGGGCAUUAUUCGACCAGUGUCGCGGCGUCGAUGGUAGCACACCUGGAAAUGGAGGAUGCACACCGUGUUUUCGGGCUUGCGGUGAUCUCCGAGCUUGCUCCUUUGGUGGUCGACGAGCAGUUUGUGGAUGCCGACGAAGCGCUGAGGAGCACUCUGAAAACGACUACAGACGCGGCAAGAGACUCAAAUGGCUACCUUGACGCACAGCGAGUUCAGCUGGCAAAGCUGUCAGAACAUCAAGUGGUUGCUCGCCCAAAGGAGACAGAAUCAAUGACUGUUAGGACCUGGCACCAGGUGUUUGAUCUGAUGUUUGAUGGAACUAUUAUCUUUGUCCUAACAGGCGAGUCCGGCUUAUCUUCCACUCGCGAGGAAUGA